GGAGCAGAGUUGACUUUGAGUAGAAAUGGUAGAAAUAUAUACCUAUGUUUCUAAUUGAGAGUAUACAAAUUUUUGGAAUCCUGAGCCUUGAGAGUUGCAGAGAAAGGAGAGAAAAUUGAUUUCGAUGGCAGAGAGUUCUUCAUCAUUGGCUGCAUCGGCUUCUCCCACUAGGUACGAAGUGUUUCUGAACUUCAGAGGGGAAGACACUCGUGAGAACUUCAUUAGUCACCUUUAUGCCGCGCUGGAGAGGAAGCACAUUGAAACAUAUAUUGAUUACAGACUACAAAGGGGUGAAGAAAUUUCACCUGCACUGCAAACUGCAAUAGAAGAAUCAAAGAUCUAUGUCCUCGUUUUCUCUGAAAACUAUGCAUUUUCGACGUGGUGUUUGAAUGAACUGACUAAGAUACUGGAUUGCAAGAAAAGAUAUGGAAGGGAUGUGAUACCCGUUUUCUACAAGGUGCAUCCAACAAUUGUCAGAAAACAGGAAGAGAGAUACAAAGAAGCAUUUGAAGAGCAUAAACUGCGGUUUAAGGAAGACAUGGGCAAAGUGCAAGGAUGGAAGGAUGCUCUAACUGAAGCUGCUGGACUCUCCGGCUGGGAUUCAAACCUUAUCAGGUCAGAACACAUUCUUGUUGAAGAAAUUAUAGAUGAUAUUUUGAAAAAAUUGAAUCGUUAUUCCGUGAGUUAUAAUCAAGGAAUCAUCGGCAUUGAAAAACAUAUUGAAGAAAUUGGAUCCUUGUUGGAUCUUGAGUCACCGGAUAUUCGGACCAUAGGAAUUUGUGGCAUGGGAGGAAUGGGAAAAAGUACAAUUUCUGAACAAUUAUAUCACACAUUGGCAGUGAAGUUUGAUUCCCACAGCCUUGUUUUAGAUGUUCAAGAAAAACUACAAAGAGAGGGAAUACACAAUAUCAUAACAAAAUAUAGAUCUGAGCUUCUAAAGGAAACAUCAUCCCCUCAUUUAUCAUAUUACAAUGAACGGCUUAAACGGACAAAGGUCCUCCUCAUUCUUGAUGAUGUGACCGAUUCAACUCUACUUAACAAAUUAAUAGGAGGAUGUGAUCGUUUUGGGCUAGGUAGUAGAAUCAUUAUCACCAGUAGAGACAGACAAGUACUUAAGAAUGCUGGAACUGAUGAUAUCUAUGAACUUAAGGAGUUGAACUUUUAUGAUUCUCUAAAACUUUUUAAUUUACAUGCUUUUAAACAAAAUUCUUCAAAAGAAAUUACUUACAUGGACUUGUCCAUAAAGGUGUUGAGAUAUGCAAAAGGGGUUCCGUUAGCUCUCCAAAGUUUGGGCUCAUUGCUUUAUGGCAGACAAAAAGAAGAAUGGGAAAGUCAGUUGCAAAAGUUGGAAAAGGGCCAAGAUGUUGAAACUUUUAAUGUACUAAAAUUAAGUUAUGAUGGGCUUGAUGAGGAGCAGAAGAACAUAUUUCUUGAAAUAGCUUGCUUUUACAGGGGACACAACGAGAUUGUGGUAGUAGAAACACUAAAGGACUGUGGUUUUUCUUCUGAGAUUGGAAUGGAUGUUCUCAAAGAUAAAUGUCUCAUAUCUAUCUUGGAUGGUAGAAUUGUGAUGCACGAUCUAAUACAAGAAAUGGGUCAAGAAAUUGUUCGUAAAGAGUGUCCUCAACAUCCUGGAAAACGCAGUCGAUUAUUCAAGGCUGACGAAAUUCAUGAGAUUUUAAGAACGAACAAGGGUGUGCCCUUAAAUUUUCAAAGUCUCAAGAGGCUCUGUUUCAUAGAUCUCUCAAACUGUUCUUCCCUUACAAUAUUUCCAUUUGACCUUUCUGAGAUUAAAUUCCUAAAGAAACUUCGUCUCAGUGGUUGCUCAAAAUUGGAAAAUUUCCCCGAGAUUGAGAACACCAUGGAAGAUUUAGCGGUUCUCCUCCUAGACUGCACAGCCAUACACACACUACCUUCAUCCUUGUAUCGUUUGGUAGGGCUUCAAGAACUGAGUUUGCGCAGUUGCUCGAAUCUUGAGAUUAUUCCAUCUUCCAUUGGAAGGCUCACCAGACUAUGCAAGUUAGACAUUACCUACUGUGCAUCACUUCAAACUUUUCCAAGCACCAUUUUCAAAUUGAAGUUGAGGAAACUUGAUUUGUGUGGUUGCUUUAAGUUGAGGACCUUCCCAGAGAUCAUGGAGCCGACACAAACUUUUGUUCACAUUGACUUAACAAAAACGCUUAUCAAAGAACUCCCUUCCUCGUUUGGCAAUUUGGUUAAGCUUCGAUCCCUACAGCUCAAUAGUUGCUCUGCUCUCGAGUCACUUCCAAACUCCAUUGUUAAUCUAAAGCAUCUCUGUAAACUUGAUUGUUCGGGGUGUUAUAAAUUAACAGAAAUCCCAAGACACAUAGGUCGGUUGACGUCAUUAGUGGAACUGUCACUGAGUGAAAGCGGAAUCGUGAGCCUUCCUGAGAGCAUUGCUCAUCUUUCGAGCUUGAAAUCGCUUGAUUUAAGCGAUUGCAAAAAGCUUGAAUGCAUCCCACAUAUUCCCCCAUUUCUAAAACAAUUGGUGGCAUUGGAUUGCACAUCUAUCAGAGGAGUGAUGUUAAACUCAAAUUCUCUUGUUCCAAACCUCUCAAACUCUAAAGAGGGUUUCUUCAGAUUUCAUUUCACCAAUGCUCAACAACUGGAUUCAGGUGCUCGUGCUAACAUUGAGGAGGAUGCAAGGCUUAGGAUGAGCGACGAUGCGUAUGGGUCUGUGUGCUUCUGUUUUCCAGGGAGUGCAGUUCCUCAUUGGUUCCCUUUUCGCAACGAAGGACCUUCAGUGAGUAUAAAUGAAGAUUUAAGUUUCUGCAGCGAUGACAAGCUAAUUGGUUUCGCUUUGUGUGUGGUUUUGGGAGUAUUAGAUACGAAUGAUAUUAAAAGCAGAUACAGUUCUUUUGGUUACAGCCUAAAAUUUGAAUGUGACGAUGAUGGCACACAUAUAAUUCCAAAUAAUGAUGUGUUAAACAACUAUUUCACAUGGGGUUAUAGUCCCAGACUCCUUGAUAAAGAUCACAUAUUUAUGUGGAAAUUUAACUUGGAGAGCCUAAGGAGGAGAGGCAUGAACCUUAGGCUCUGUGAUGCUCGCAGCUUCACUUUUGAGAUCAGUCCAUAUCAUUAUAACUCUCAGUGGCCAGAUUACUACUCCGUUGUGAACGAGUUAAAAUCAGUUGUCAAAAUAAAAGAAUGCGGGAUGUGCCCUCUUUAUAGCAGCGGAAGCAAUGUUGCAGAGUCUUCAAGGUAAACAAAGGAAGAUAGGAAGAGGAAGGCUAGUCUCUUGCUCUUCUGCUAAUUGGUCUUCCCUUGGUGGAUUCGUUCAGACAAGAUUUGUAAGUUAUUGUUAGAUAGAGUUUGAUGUUGACGUAAGUUGGGUUGCUCCAUUGUCCCAAAGUUACAUUUUGUUGAAACUCUUAAACUCUUCAUUCGUUAACUUCUUUAGCAUAUUUAGCUUUCAUUUGCAGCGAAGGCAUUAUGAAAUCUUGAGGAGCUGCAUUUCAUUUGCAUGGGUAAUUCGUAAUUAUUAUCUUAUGGAUUUCUAAGUUGUACUCUCUCAUCUCUUAUUCGUGGGAUUUCUUAGUUUUGAGGAGACUUGGUAAGUUUUUGAAUCCUAAAUCCAUAAGCAUAAAAUGUACUUAGUCAUUUCUAUCUCAGAAUACAAAAACCUCCAAUUGUAUU